AGGUAUGAAAUUACAUUAAGCUACCAAGUUUUCGGAAACUGUGUCAUGGAUUCCGAAGGCAAGUCUAGCCAUUCUUCCAAGUCUGACGAGAAACUGAAAAAGAAAAAGAAGAAAGGCUCAAAUGGAGAGAAGCUAAAUCAUAACACACAGAGUAAAAAGAGACCAAAGAAAAAACAGAAGACUGCAAAGAAAAGUACUACAACGCCCCAAGUAGCCCAAGUGAGAACUACCACACAAUAUGUGAUACCAAAACAACCAACCACCUGUACCUCUACGGAGAGGCGAGAAGAAGGUGAUAAGUGCGACAUAGCGUUAAGAUGGGACUAUUUGAACAGUAGCACAGAGGCGGAUACAGCCGAGAGAUUGAAAUGGUACAAGAUCCACCGUAGGAUGCGGUACCAGGUAGCAUCGGAGGAACGAAAAGCACAGCAACUUGGUAUAAUGGGACUCGAAAACAUGACUUUAUCAAAGCCUCCCACAAAACCGAUUCAUCCGGGAUGACUGUCUUAGGUUGUCAUUUAUCUGAAAACGGAGAUAUCAGUUGAACAGUUCGUAACGAUCCAUGCUAACAUAUUAUAGUCUAGUCAUUUGAGUUUGAUCCGCUACAAUAGUAACUAGGGAAGAAGUUACGCCAGCAGUUGGAAUCGGCGUAGGUUAAUUAAUAAUCGCUAGCAUGUGCUUUAUUUCAUCAUCAAAUCGUGGAUUUCAGACUUCAGUGUAGGUCAAUGAUUGUUGGUUAAUAAUUUAACUGCUUUAAACUUUCAAAAUACCUUAUCGGCCUUUAUUUUCACUAAUUGUAUUAACUAUAUAUAUUAACCCCAAUUUUUCACGGAAUCCAAGUCGAAUAUUUAAGCAAUUCUAUAAUAGCAUGACAUUGGGGAUCAUCAAAAUAAGAGCUGAUAAGGUAAACCGAAACUAUUGAGGUGUGGUUUAGUAAUUUAAAAUUUUAUUUUUCUGACUCCUUGGUUUGUUGCCUUAUUACAAAAAAUGUAGCCCCCCUCCGAUUAUCGAUCAAAAAUGUAUCCAACAAUAACUCAUUUCUUAUUUUUCUGUAAUAAGGUAUUCAAACUCACGCGAUGUUUACCGAAUAUUUAGCAAUAAAAGGCCUGAAAAUAAGAUACUACUGUCUAUCAGUAAAGUCAAUACUUACAUUAGAUGUAUUAUAUAAUUCUUAGUAAUAGUAUCUUCACAAUUGAAACAUUUGUACAUUAUUCUGUAAAUAAUAUAGUUUAUUGAAACGUUUUUAUACAGUACACGCUUACGCAAUUUUAUUGCCUUUAUGGGUGAGCAAACAAUUAGAAAUCAAACCAAUAGUCUGUCUCAAAGUAACGAAGCGUUCACAAUUAACAUCAGCUCGAGAAGAUUUUUCAAAAGUUACGUGAGAUAACUGAUAAAAGUGGUAACUGGUAAACAUUAUUUUAAUUAAUCUAGGGAAAUAAUUUAUCGCUAAACUCAGUAUUACAACUAAUGGAGUGAUUUUAAAUGUGCUGGGUUAUCGUUGAUACCAAGUUUGAGAUGAUGUCAUUUGUGAACGCUCCGCCCAGGGAUUUUCUUCAUUUUUGAUUUACUAACAUUUUAAUUAAUUUCAUGGGCUUAAAAACUUGUACGUAUAUUGUGAUCAAA